GAGGAGCAGCAACCUGGAGGUGCGGGUGGAACAGUCAGGAACUGAACAGUGGUGGGUACGUUCCUUUUUUGUCUUUUUAAAUUCAUCUCUUUAAUUGUAAAAAAUAAUUAUAAAAUGAAAACAAAGUUUCAUUUCAAACAUUCGCUGGACAGAAUUUUGAAACAUUUAAAGGGAAAGUAAGCAUCAGCAGCGCCCCCUACAGGAAAGAGCUGCAGUUCCUGUCUCUGUCCUGCAGGCGUUUCUUCUGUUGAUGGGAAGGCUUGGAGAAGGCUGGGCUAGGGAAGGCUAGAGAAGGCUGGAGAAGGCUGGGCUAGAGAAGGUUAGAGAAGGCUGGAGAAGGCUAGAGAAGGCUGGAGAAGGCUGGGCUAGAGAAGGUUAGAGAAGGCUGGAGAAGGCUAGAGAAGGCUGGAGAAGGCUGGGCUAGAGAAGGUUAGAGAAGGCUGGAGAAGGCUGGAGAAGGCUAGAGAAGGCUGGAGAAGGCUGGGCUAGAGAAGGUUAGAGAAGGCCAGAGAAGGCUGGGCUAGAGAAGGACGGAGGAGGCCAGGGAAGGUCGGAGGAGGCCGGAAGAGGCUGGAGGAGGCCAGAGAAGGCUGGGCUAGAGAAGGCUGGAGAAGGCUAGAGAAGGCUGGAGAAGGCUGGGCUAGAGAAGGUUAGAGAAGGCUAGAGAAGGCCAGAGAAGGCUGAGCUAGAGAAGGUCGGAGGAGGCUGGAGGAGGCUGGAGGAGGCCAGAGAAGGCUGGAGAAGGCUGGGCUAGAGAAGGCUGGAGGAGGCUGGGCUAGAGAAGGCUGGAGGAGGCUGAGCUGGAGAAGGCUGGAGAAGGCUGGGCUAGAGAAGGUUAGAGAAGGCUAGAUAAGGUUAGAGAAGGCCAGAGAAGGCUGGGCUAGAGAAGGCUGGAGAAGGCUGGGCUAGAGGAGGCUGGAGAAGGCUGAGCUAGAGAAGGCUGGAGGAGGCUGGAGAAGGCUGGGCUAGAGAAGGCUGGAGGAGGCUGGAGGAGGCCUCCGCGCAGGGAGGGGCUGCUCUUCAGGCCACAGUCGAGCCUUGAGUUAGAGAAGAGAAGAAUUAAAGGGGAGAGAAUAAAAAUCAAUAAAAUCAGGUGUGGUGGAGAUGGGAGGCCCCUGCUCAGUGUUAAAAUCAUAGGUCUCUGUGAAAAUCAAUAACGGCCCCAAAGAUAAAUGCGCAAUGGACAUUAACUGGCCAAUCCCAAAGGAAGGAACAAAAAAGGCCAAUAAGCAUAUAAGAAAAUGUGAAGGCCAGGAGCAGUGGCUCGCGCCUGUAAUCCCAGCAAUUUGGGAGGCCAAGGUGGGCAGAUCACUGGAGCUCAGGAGUUUGAGACCAGCCUGGGUAACAUGGUAAAACCCCAUCUCUAUGUGAAAUACAAAAAUGAGGCCAGGUGCAGUGGCUCACGCCUGUAAUCCCAGCACUUUGGGAGGCCGAGGUGGGCGGAUCACUUGAGCUCAGGAGUUCGAGACCAGCCUGGGCAACAUGGUGAAACCCCAUCUCUACAUAAAAUACAAAAAAUAGCCAUGGAUAAUUGCGUGGGGCUGUAAUCCAAGCUACUCGGGAGGCUGAGAUAGGAGGAUGGCUUGAGCCUGGUGUUAGGUUUUUUAAAGGGAAGGCGAGGGUUAAAGAAAGACAGAGAGAGAGAGGGCGGCUCUACAGCAACAGAGGUAUAUAGUGCAGAAACCUACAGAGGUGGGGGACCAGCUUAAUACCAGAGCCCACUGCCGCUUACAGGCUGGGGUACUUACAGGCCUGGACGGGAGGGGUUUGGGCAGUAGGGCUUCUGCCUGGGAAGAUGUUGAGAGACGUUCCCAUGAUGAGGCAGUUGGGUCCUUGUUCCCAGCAGAAUACGAUCAGGACGUUCCUUCAGUUGGGCCUUUGCCCAGCAAGGUAUGUUCAGGAUGUUCCUGUGCCGUGUGGUCAGGUGGUUGGGAUGUUCCUCACAGCCCAAACCCCGUGGAAUGUUUCACUUCAACCUGGGCCUGGAAAAUGGCAGGGGGCUUACAAUAUGGUGCAGUUUGGAUUAACACCCAGGAGCCAGAGGCUGCAGUGAGCUGAGAUGGCGCCACUGCACUCCAGCCUGGGCAACGGAGCCAGAGCCUGUCUCAAAAAAAAAGAAAAAAAAAAGGAAAGAAAGAAAGAAAAUGUUAAACCCUCAUAGUACUCAAAUCAAAGAAACUAAAUCAACAAUGCAACACCAUCCUGGCUACCGAACUGAUACGGAGUUUCAUCAUGUUGGCCAGGCUGGUCUCGAACUCCUGACCUCAAGUGAUCUGCCGGCCUUGGCCUCCCAAAGUGCUGAGAUUACAGUGAGCCACUGCGCCUGGCCUUGGGUAGUUUCUUAUAACAUGUGAUGACUUCAUUCUCUUGUCGCGGGUUGAAAAGCGAACCAUUACUUGAGGACGUGCUAGAACAUCAUCUUCCCAAAUUUUGGAGCAGCCCCUCUGAAAUCAAAGAGAUCCUGCAUCUGGCUGGACUCAAUGAGCUGGAGGUGAUUCCCUUGGUGCAGACAUUUGGACACAUGGAGUUUGUGCUGAAGCACGCAGCCUUCGCCCACCUGCGGGAGGUGGGCCCCUUCCCCUGCACCCUGAACCCCCACGAGGCGGAGUCCCUGGCGCUGGUGGGCGCCAUGAUCGACCAGGUCCUGGAGCUGCACCCAGGCGCCCAGUGGCUGCACGUCGGAUGUGAUGAGCUCUAUUACCUCGGAGAGGGGGAGGCCUCACGCCGGUGGCUGCAGCAAGAGCAGAACAGCACAGGGAAGCUGUGCCUGUCACACAUGCGGGCGGUGGCCAGCCACGUGAAGGCCCGGCGCCCCAGCGUGACACCCCUGGUGUGGGACGACAUGCUCCGAGACCUGCCUGAGGACCAGCUCGCAGCGUCCGGGGUGCCGCAGCUGGUGGAGCCGGUGCUCUGGGACUACGCGGCUGACCUGGAUGUGCACGGCAAGGUCCUCCUCAUGCAGAAGUACCGGCGGUGCGGCUUUCCGCGGCUGUGGGCAGCCAGUGCCUUCAAGGGUGCCACGGGGCCCAGCCAGGCCGUGCCCCCUGUUGAGCACCACCUCAGGAACCACGUGCAGUGGCUGCAGGUGGCGGGCAGCGGGCCCACGGACUCACUGCAGGGCAUCAUCCUGACUGGCUGGCAGAGGUACGACCACUACUCUGUGCUGUGCGAGCUGCUCCCCGCAGGAGUCCCGUCCCUGGCCGCCUGCCUGCAGUUGCUUCUACGCGGAGGAUUUGAUGAAGAUGUUAAAGCGAAAGUGGAGAACCUUCUUGGGAUUUCCAGCCUGGAAAUAACGGAUGCUGUUAGGCAAGCACCCUGCAGCCCUCCCCGUCCCCUUCCUCCCCUCCCCUUCCCCCGCCCGUGGAGACAGCCGUUCUCAGCAGGGCUCUCCGCAGGGAGGGGGCCGGCUCUUUCCCUGGCAGCAACAUCCUUGCCCUUGUCACACAAGUCAGCCUCCAUCUGCGCAGCUCUGUGGACGCGCUGCUGGAGGGCAACAGGUAUGUCACUGGCUGGUUCAGCCCCUACCACCGCCGGCGGAAGCUCAUCCACCCGGUCAUGGUUCAGCACAUCCAGCCCGCAGUGCUCAGCCUCCUGGCGCAGUGGAGCACCCUCGUGCAGGAGCUGGAGGCUGCCCUGCAGCUGGCUUUCUACCCGGAUGCCGUGGAGGAGUGGCUGGAGGAAAACGUGCACCCCAGCCUGCAGCAGCUGCAAGCUCUGCUGCAGGACCUCAGCGAGGUGUCCACCCCCCCGCUGCCACCGACCAGCCCUGGCAGGGAUGCUGCUCAGGACCCCUGAGGGGAGAGCUCAUGCCAGGGGGCUCCUGCUGGGGGCUGGGGGGGCUCUGCACUGCCAACUGUUGGCCUGGGCAAUAGGGGCCCACGUGGGCAUCGUGCCCUCUGGCCCAGCAGUGUCUCGCCCACACUCAGUUCCUGAGGACCCUGGGGAGCCCCUGGGGGAGACACUAGAAAACACAGAAGGAAGCAGCACAGGGAGACCCGCUUUGUGAUCUGCACGUGUGACACCGAUUCUUUGGAAAUAAAGAGUGGAAGCUG